UAGUGGUUGAAGUGCAGCAGUUUCUCUCUCUCUCUCUCUCUCUCUCUCCCUCUCUCUACUGUGCUGUGCAGCACUCUGGUUGGGUCGGUGAAGCCGCUUUUUGGCUUCGGAGCUCCAAGCGCAGAGCUUCCACACUGAGGAGAGUGCACAAAAGGACAUAGAGAAGGAGGAAGAGAAAGACUUGACGCAGAUAAAGAAGAGAGGAUAACUCAACACAGUAGAAGACUGAAAUGGAGCCGGUAGUCGUGGCUGAGGCACUUCAGCAGCAGCAGGAGCAGCAACAGGAGGAGCAGCAUGAGGAGCAGGAGCAAGAGGAGGAGCAGGAGCAGCAGGAGCAGCAGCAGGAGGAGCAGGAGGAGCUGCAGCAGGAGGAGCAGGAGGAGCUGCAGCAGCCGAGUGCUGUAGAGGCGACGGAGACCGACGAAGGGACUGAAGAACCGAAGGAGAGUGUCCAGACGACACCGACCCGGCCUCUGCUGUCCAUGAGGUCCAUGAGCACUGUGGACCCAGACGACGACUCCCCCAACAUGAUCGUCUACAGAAAGAUUGAAGACAUUAUCACUCGCAUCCAGGAUGAGACAGAGGGUGUGCCCAUCAGAACUGUCAAAAGUUUCAUGACCAAAAUCCCCAGUGUAGUAACAGGUACAGAUAUUGUGCAGUGGCUGAUGAAGAACCUUUUCAUUGAGGAUCCAGCUGAGGCCAUGCACAUUGGAAGUCUCAUCGCAGCUCAGGGGUACUUCUUCCCUAUCUCAGACCACGUCCUCUCCCUCAAAGACGACGGCACUUUCUAUCGCUUUCAGGCACCGUAUUUCUGGCCAUCCAACUGUUGGGAGCCUGAGAACACAGACUAUGCUAUCUACCUGUGCAAGCGGACCAUGCAGAACAAGACCAGGCUGGAGUUGGCAGAUUAUGAGGCGGAGAACCUAGCCAGGCUGCAGAGAGCUUUUGCCAGGAAGUGGGAGUUUAUCUACAUGCAGGCUGAGGCCCAGGUCAAAAUCGACAGGAAAAAGGAUAAAACUGAGAGGAAGAUCCUCGACAGCCAGGAGAGAGCCUUCUGGGACGUCCAUAGACCUGUGCCUGGAUGUGUUAACACGACAGAGAUGGACAUCAGAAAAUGUAGACGCAUGAAGAACCCUCAUAGAGUUAAGAAGUCAGUGUAUGGUUUGGUGGAAGAGGGAACACAGUCUCGGAGUCCCAUACAUACUCCUUCGCACCACUGCAGAAAAGGCACCAAGGAGGAUGUGGAGAAAGAGAUCUUAUUCCUGAACACCCAGCUAGAUCGUCACUGUAUGAAGAUGUCUAAAGUUGCUGAAAGUCUGAUAAGCUACACUGAGCAGUACAUGGACUAUGACCAGUUUGUGACAGCACAGGAACCGUCCAACCCAUGGACCAGCGACGAUCCCUCACUCUGGGAUCUGGAGGCCAGUAAGGAACCCAGUCAACAGCGAAUGAAGAAGUGGGGGUUCUCUCUGGAUGAGGCCCUGAAGGACCCUUCAGGACAGGAGCUCUUCCUUAAAUUCCUGGAGUCAGAGUUUAGUUCAGAAAACCUGCGGUUCUGGCUGGCAGUGCAGGACCUGAAGAGGAUGCCCCAGCAGGAUGUGGCACAGAGGGCACAAGACAUUUGGGCAGAGUUCCUAGCCGAGGGAGCACCCAGCUCCAUCAACCUAGACUCCCACAGCUACGAACGCACAAGCCAGAACCUGAAAGACCCCGGACGAUACAGCUAUGAGGACGCACAGGACCACAUCUACAAGCUGAUGAAAAGUGACAGCUAUACACGUUUCCUGCGCUCCAAUGUGUACCAGGACCUGCUGAUGGCAAGGAAGAAACCUGAAACAGAGCAGGGGCGACGCACCUCUCUGGAGAAGUUCACUCGCAGUGUGGGCAAGUCACUGACGGGCAAACGACUGACGGGGCUCAUGCAGUCAUCCUGACAAGAACUGGAUGAGGAGUAGGAGGAGCCAUACCCAAAGGAGCUGCUUUACCCUGGGGUGGCAGGUGGAUAAGGACCCUGGGGUAUUUGGGUGUGGAUGUGGGAUGCGGUUGAGGGCGCCAAAUGAGCCGAGACUGCCAGAUUGGACCGCCACCACGUUUGAAACUCACCUCAGAUCAGUUCAAAAGGGCUGACAGCAUGCAAUAAGUCACCAGACCUGACACCAGGACAGUGCUGUCACAGUGUAGAGGAUAAACACUGCUACUCUUCUUAGAAGGUUUCUACUCAAAAGCCUGCCCCACAUCAGGCUUUAUUUCUCUCUAGUUGUUUUUCUCUACUAUCUACACUAAUAUGGUAGCUGAAGAGGCUAUUGCUUUAAUCACAGUGAUAUAAACAUGGAAUGCUUGAAUGCAAAUGAGACUUAGAUUAAUGCUGUAGCUAGUUGUUUUAUCUCACGUCAUUCUCUAUGAUAUGGAUGAUAUAAGGGAACAGGGGAUGAAGAGUAAACAUCUACACUCUUGAGCUGAACUGCUCAAUCUUCACACGAUGGCAGUCAGACUUUCUGCUUUAAUGGUGGAACAGGUGGAAUAGUACACCAAAUAUUUAGUAAAUGAGCUUUUCGAUCAAUCUGCUGAUAUGGGAUGCCACAGGAUAAAUAACCUCUGUGUGUCUAGUAGUGGUGUGCAAUGUGUGUUUGCAUUUAAUUCAAGCUAAUGUCUGUUUUUAUGCUCAUUACAGACUGAUUAAAACAACAGAUUGCAACUUGCAUGAUUUCUCCUGUAAAUACCUUGACCUGCUCUGGUACAGGAGGUCAUUCCUGGGAAAGCAGGUAAACAGGAAAUUAUAAUUUGUUCUUAAUUUAUUUGCUGCAAUAGCUGUUUUGGAGUGUCACAGUACUGGCAAAAAAUUGUUUCUAUUUAUUUCUUAAAUUAUUGCACAUCUAUGAAAACAAAAUCAAAUUUCAUGAAUUAUCACUGCCACUGUCUGCUUUAAACUAACAUUUAUCCAAAGCCUAAUAGCUGCCCUGAACAGACAGAGGUGUAAUCUUGUCAUUAAAAGGUAAGGACUGGUUGAUCAUUUUCCAACAAAUACUGUAGGACUUUAAAUGAGCGAGCUGAAAUGACGUUAGGCUUUACUCUAUCUUCUGAACAUUCCACUUCAGGCUGCCAUAACAAGGCUCUAGUGGGCUGACCUCUAAUCAUUCUCCACCUUAUGUAAAGAGAACCAUGAUAAUAAAAGAGGAAUGCACAAUA